CUUCGUCCGCAAAUCUCCAUUUUAGUUGCAUACCUUCCAAUUGCGUUGCCCAACGUCGAGCGUCGGACACAUUUGUUUAAAACAUUCAUUCAGGGGAGUGCAUGACCACAUUUCCACGCAAACAUGAAAAUGAAACUGGUGGAUCAGGUGGUGCGGAGUUUCCGCGUGGCGAAGGUGUUCCGUGAGAACACGGACAAAAUCAACAGCAUCGACUUCUCGCCGAGCGGCGAGACGCUCAUCAGUUGCAGCGAAGACGAUCAGAUCGUCAUCUACGACUGCGAAAAGGGCACGCAGGCACGCACCGUCAACAGCAAGAAGUACGGCGUCGAUCUCAUACACUUCACGCACGCAAAGAACACCGCCGUCCACAGCUCCACCAAGGUGGACGACACCAUUCGCUACCUCUCUUUGCAUGACAAUAAAUACAUACGGUAUUUUUCCGGGCACACGAAAAAAGUCGUCUCGCUGUGUCUAUCACCCGUUGAGGAUACAUUCCUCUCCGGCAGUUUAGACAAAACACUACGGCUGUGGGACCUGCGGUCUGCAAACUGCCAAGGGCUGAUGAACUUGUCAGGAAGACCAGUUGCUGCAUAUGAUCCAGAGGGGUUAAUUUUUGCUGCUGGAGUCAAUUCAGAAUGUAUUAAGUUAUAUGACUUGAGAUCAUUUGAUAAAGGUCCAUUUAUCACUUUUAAACUAACACAAGAAAAAGAAUGUGAUUGGACAGGAUUGAAGUUCUCCCGAGAUGGUAAAACAAUCCUCAUCAGCACAAAUGGUUCCUUCAUCCGGUUGAUCGACGCCUUUCAUGGUACACCACUGCAAACGUUCACUGGUCAUCUAAACAACAAAGGCAUUCCAAUCGAAGCCUCCUUCUCGCCAGACUCACAAUUCAUCUUCAGCGGUUCCACUGAUGGCCGCGUGCAUGUAUGGAACGCUGAUACUGGCUACAAAGUAUGCGUCCUGAAUGCCGACCACCCUGGGCCGGUACAAUGUGUUCAAUUCAAUCCAAAGUACAUGAUGCUUGCCAGCGCCUGCACAAACAUGGCGUUCUGGCUGCCGGCGAUUGACGAGACGUAAAUUUUUUAAUGAAACAAGUAUUUUCUCCACUGGAAAUAUGCGAGUAAGCAUAUGAAAAUGUAUAAGAGAAUUGAGAUUGAGUGGAACUUAAGUGUACAUAAUUGUCAUAAUUCACUUUCAGCACUAAAUGGUACUAAUCAAUAUGUUGGUAUAAGAAAAGAAAUUGAUAUCAAUUGUACAUACUUGACUUCACAUGUGAAACUUUUACAUUUUAUUAAAUAUUCAUUAAUAAUCAUCACUA